UAUCCCAGCUGCCACUUAGCAACGCGAGGAGAUCAGGUGACACAACCAGCUGACUCCGGUAGAGGAAGACCCUGUGGCUGGGCCUCUUGCAGCCACGGUUGCCCGGCCGGGGAUUCGAGCCUUACUAUCAUCGUCAGAAUGUCGGGCAAAGACCGAAUUGAAAUCUUUCCCUCGCGCAUGGCACAGACCAUCAUGAAGGCUCGAUUAAAAGGAGCACAGACAGGUCGAAACCUCCUGAAGAAAAAAUCUGAUGCCUUAACUCUUCGAUUUCGACAGAUCCUAAAGAAGAUAAUAGAGACUAAAAUGUUGAUGGGUGAGGUGAUGAGAGAAGCUGCCUUCUCACUUGCUGAGGCCAAGUUCACAGCAGGGGACUUCAGCACCACAGUUAUCCAGAAUGUUAAUAAAGCCCAAGUGAAGAUCCGAGCUAAGAAAGAUAACGUAGCAGGUGUUACUUUGCCAGUGUUUGAACAUUACCAUGAAGGAACUGAUAGUUACGAGCUGACUGGUUUAGCCAGAGGUGGGGAACAGUUGGCUAAAUUAAAGAGGAAUUACGCCAAAGCAGUGGAAUUACUGGUGGAACUAGCUUCACUGCAGACUUCCUUUGUUACUUUGGAUGAAGCCAUUAAGAUCACCAACAGGCGGGUAAAUGCCAUUGAACAUGUCAUCAUUCCCCGGAUUGAACGUACCCUUGCUUAUAUCAUCACAGAGCUGGAUGAGAGGGAGCGAGAAGAGUUCUAUAGGUUAAAGAAAAUACAGGAGAAGAAAAAGAUUCUCAAGGAAAAAUCGGAGAAAGACUUGGAGCAACGGAGGGCAGCUGGCGAGGUGAUGGAGCCUGCUAAUCUUUUGGCUGAAGAGAAGGAUGAGGAUCUUCUGUUUGAAUAAUCUUUCCUGCUCUGGUUCUUUCAUAAGCCCUAACAUGGCACCAUCUUAAAUCACGAUGUGUAGGUUUGGUAUGUGUGGCUGUUUAUUUUUUGGCCUAAGAAUUCACUGGUGGUUAAAUUUUCCUGGAUGUUGGUUUUGGGACUACCUUUGCAAAAUCCUAAUCAGCAACCAUUUAUCACUUGAGAUUUGUAGAAUCUCAAAGGAACCUGUAGAAUUUAUUCGGCAGAAGCAGUACCCUGUUCCAUGUACAUCUGUUCAAGUGAUCUGCUUACCAAGCAUAUUAGGAAAUUCCCCUUAGGAAAUAGCAGUGGCCUCGGGCCAGCUGUUGCUGUAGCAGCCUGCUUCCUUCCUGCUCCGACACUGGGGCACUGUUGUCUGAGAGUGCUGCCGCCGUCCUGUGUAACCCUGGUGCUUCCUCUCAAGCUUUAUGAAACCUUCACUAUUUUUCCUUGCAUGACAGGUCUCUGUCCUAUCUGUCAUGGGAGUUCUGCCAAUUUUAAUGUGAUUAUGGCAUAAACAGUAAAAUGAUAUAAAAAUGAAUUGUUCUUUUUUUUUCCUUAAGGUACUAACAGUAUCAGUCAUGUUAUUAACCUGAGAUUGGCACAUGGGAUUGUCCCCUACCAAGAGCUUUGUCUGCGGACAUGUAGGACAUGGAUAGUCUCUUUUUUCCCCCUUCAUAGUAUGGAGAUGAUUGUUGAAUUUCGGGGUACUUAAACAUGCCAGUGAGUUAAGAGGGGUUAUUAAUACUUCUUCCUUAACCUAAGAAAAAUAAUUCUCAUCUGAGAGUAUGUAAUAAGGUAACUUUUAUCUUACAAGCAGUAACACUUGCUGUCUCCCAUUAAAUAGGAAGAUGAGGCAUUUGAGUGGCCAUAUCAGGAUCUGAGGUUUUUUUGUGCUGUUUGAGCUGGUGAGCCAUCCGUGUUUACUCGGGCAUUCUUGUACCCAGUGCUGGGCAUUUCUGAGGUGAUUGGCUAUAGGACAGUUUUUGGUGAAAUUGGUAACACUUGGCUUAUCAGUAUUGUAUGUUAAGUCAAUUGAUAUUGCAAGCCUAGGCUUUUUAAAGUCCCAAGCAAUUUUGCAGACAUUUAAUACCUGCUACAAAAUAAUCUUUAGUUAUGUGUCAGGCCCUCUUUUAAGUAUUUUAUUUAUAUUAUCACAACAACCAUAAGAUGCAUGUUAUUUUAAUCCCACAUUUUACGGAAGAAAUUUUUAAGGCACAGGGAGCUAGAAUAAUUGGUUCUAGGUCAAAAAGCUAUAAGGUGGUGAAUCCAGGAUUUAAAUCCAGGCAGUCUACCUUCAGUGUUUUUAUGUUCUUCUAACCACGCCCCCCCCCUCUUUUUUUUUGCCUCCCCUGUAUUUAAAACUUUGGGUAAAGGUAAGAUCCCAAGGCCUGUUCUGGAGGAGCUGUGUUUUGGCAAGUCCUGUUUUGAAUUGGACAUUUUAUUCUGUAGGUAACUUAGCAGUGAUUGGAAAACCAAGUGAGUUCCUAAGCAAUUCAGUGUUAACCUAUUUUCAAGGCUUAACAUUUAAUCCUCCCAACACUGGACUGAAGUGUAAGUACUAUUCUCUCCAUUUUACAGAAGAGAAAACUGAGGCAUUGUCAGGUCAGAUAGCAGAGCUAGGAUGCAGGCCUUGGUUCUUAAGCAGUAUGUACUGCCUCUCUAGGAAGCAAAAAAUAGCUCGAAGGGUAUGAGAGCCCUGGUUACUUAAUGGUUUUUCACUCAGGUAAAGUUUGUCUUCACCUUCACCUGCUGAGGCAGGAGAAGUACCUAGAUUUCUCCUGUGGCUUCUUAAAGCUCUUUUGUAUUGGCCUUGGCUAAACUCCCUACAAAACUGCAGAUGACUUUGUGGUGUUAGCAUACUGUUAACUAGAAAUCAGAAGAAAACAGUGAACCAGAUUUGUUGUGUGGAAUGCUGUGAUCCAUAGGGGAAGGAAAUGAUCAGGAAUAGCCAGAAGGGUAGCAGGUGUGUAUGUGUGCCACUUUUUGCUGGUAUGAUCACCUCCUUUGGGCAAUGUAGUGGUGCGGUAGGAAAGUGAAUGUUACGUAUUUGUCAACUCACAUCCUAGUCUUUGUCCCCUCAGAUCCUUGGCUACACAGAAGUGGAGUUUGGUCGAGUAUUACAUAUGUUCUUUUUUUCCUUGAAAAUGUUUAAGUUCAUAGUGUUAUCUUUAAUAAAACAAGGAACCAGAACCUA